AUGUACUAUGUGGUUGCCAACAUCGUACUGCCUCUGACACAGCAUGCCAAGCUCUCCUACGCUGAGCUUGUGGGGCCCACUGAAGCGGGCUGGUUUGUCAGUCACUACUGGGGUACAGCAUUUCAACAUUUUGUGCGUUCGCUGCGCUUGCAUAGUGACAGCCGCUCGGCUGUAGACAUGCAGAGCUACUGGGUAUGCUCUUUUUCAAACAACCAGUGGUCCAUUGAAGAGGAGGUUUGCGGUGGAUGGGAAACAACGUCGUUCUACCUUGCACUCACAGGUGGCGUGAAAGGAACGGUCAUGGUUCUGGAUGAGCAGGCACUUCCCUUGACCCGUGCCUGGUGCCUCUUUGAACUGCUACAGACAUUCAUUCUGCAGAAGAACCACACUGACUUCCAGGGACUUGUCAUGACUACCAACUCUGGGGUGUUAAACGAGGGGUCUGCAAAUGCCGACACAGCGCUGGUAUUGGCAGGGCGCUUGUCCAACUUGCGCCUGGAGAAUGCGGAAGCAUCAGUGGAGAAGGACCGACAGAUGAUCUUUAACCUGGUAAGGGCUCAAGAGGGAGGCUUUGAUGGCAUCAACGCCCUGGUGAAGAGACACAUUCGACUAGCCUUGGAGAGUGUCCAGCACUACUUCGAGCAGAAGUGCAGGCGCCUUCUCUGUGUCUUGGACACCCAGGCUGGCGUUGAGUUGGCAGACAAGACCCUCAAAUCUAUGAGCCAGGCUAGCUUCACAAGAUCGUCCUCUGAGGCUCUUGCAUCCCCGCAUCCAGUACUUCUGGGACGACGGCAUGCUUUCUCUGAAGAUGUGUGCAGCCCUCGUGACAAUGCCGAACAUCUUGAUGUGUGA